AAUUUACAAGAAAUUUUCAAAAAGGAUCUAACCUACUCCUGCUCUUCACGAGAGGAAUAAACAAGAUGUAUGCAGAUGUGCAGAUGUUCAUGGGAAAAUUGCAGCAGUUGAUAAACUGCAACGAUAAUGAAUUGAUCAACAACCAAUCAAUUUUAUGUGAAAGGCCGCAAUUCCAGCUUCUUUAUGAAGCGCUUGGCUCCAUGAUCCAAACCCUUUUCAACCACGAAGACCAAGAUCUACACAACUUUGAAGAAAUGAAAAAACUGAAGAAAAGAUUCAAAGCUGCAGCUGAAGAGGCAGAAGAUAUCGUCGAUAUCUUUCUAUCCGCUGUCCACUGUAGAAACAACAGGUAUUCACCUAUAUCUAAUGUCUUCCAGCCCUAUCUCCACCUUGAGGUUGUUAUGAGAUCAAUCGAUUCUAUCAAGAUGGAAUUCAUGACUAUGAGGAUGGAUAACAUGAAGAUGGACGCUUCUCAGAGAACUGACAGACUGCAAAUGCAAUCUUCUGGAACUUCCCGCAGUAGAAAUUCAAUCGGAUCGAAGAAAGUAAAGGAAGAAAUGGUUGUGGGGUUUGAUCGUGAUGCUGAGAUAAUACGGGACAAGCUUGCUGAAGAUGGAAAGCAUCUGGAUGUGAUCUCUAUUGUUGGUAUGGGUGGAAUUGGUAAGUCAACCCUUGCUAACAAAGUCUUCUAUGAUCCUUUUGUUGUUUAUCAUUUUCAUAUCCGGGGAUGGGUCACUGUUUCCCAAACAUAUGACAAGCGGGAUCUGUUGAUUCAAGUUCUUUCAUCCAUUGAUGAUGGGUUAGAGCUUGAGGAAGCAACAGACUCUCAACUUCAUCAAAUCUUGCACAGGAGCCUAUACUGUAAGAGAUACUUAAUUGUCAUUGAUGAUACCUGGAGUACACAGACAUGGGAUAAGUUGAAGUUGUUUUUCCCUGACCAUAACAAUGGAAGUCGGCAUCUGCUUACUAAUCGCCUCACUGAAGUUGCUUGGCAUGCAAAAUUACAUGGACUUAUUCAUCAUUUACAACAUCUGACAGAAGAAGAAAGUUGGAAGUUGCUGUGUGAGAAGGUGUUCAAAGGAGAUGAAUGUCCCAAAUGGUUGAUAAAACCCGGAAAGCAAAUUACAAAAAACUGUCAUGGAUUGCCGCUUUCUGUGGUUGUGAUGGCAGGAGUUUUAGCAAAAGAACCAAGGCAUAAAGAUGUGUGGCUAAAAAUUUCUUACAGUGUCCAUUCGUACAUGGCUAGUGACGAGAAAGGAUGUCUGGAAACAAUAGCAUUAAGUUACCACCAUCUGCCUCUUCACUUGAGAGACUGCUUUCUCUAUCUGGGAGGGUUUCCAGAAGACUACAAGAUCCAUUCACCAUGGUUGCUUUGGGUAUGGAUGGCUGAGGGAUUUAUACAAGAAGAUGGAAAUCAAAGCUUGGAGGAAAUUGCCAAGGGUUACCUGGUGGAUCUAGUUGACAGAAAUCUUGUAAUUGUACAAAAACGGUAUCUUUCUGGUGAUAUUAGACGCUGUAAAGUUCAUGAUCUUGUGAGGCAGCUAUCGGUGGAAAAGAAGAAAGAUUCUUCCUAAAAAUAGAA